AUGGCGGAUGGAGCAGAUGCAGCGGCUAAUCAGCCCAAGAGGCGUACGUUCCGUACGUUCUCCUACCGCGGCAUUGAGCUGGACAAGCUCCUUGACUUGAAAAUGGAGGAUCUUCUUGAGUUGUUCCGCUCCCGCCAGCGUCGCAAGUUCCAGAGAGGCAUCAAGCGCAAAGCGACGACUCUGAUGAAGAAGCUCAGGAUCUCCAAGAAGAACUGCGCGUACGGCGAGAAGCCCGAGCCCGUUAACACCCAUCUACGUGAUUUGGUUGUUGUCCCCGAAAUGAUUGGCUCUGUCGUUGGCGUGUACAACGGCAAGCAGUUCAUCAACGUCGAAAUCAAGCCUGAGAUGGUCGGCUACUACCUUGGCGAGUUCUCCAUUUCCUACAAGCCCGUGCGUCACGGAAAGCCUGGCAUUGGAGCGACCCACUCGUCUCGUUUCAUUCCUCUGAAAUAG